UCUUCGAUCGUUUCUCUCCGCUGCUUCUGUUCUUCCUUCUGAACUUUUUACACUUUACUUUUAGAGAGAGAGAGAGAGUGAGCAAGAUAGAGAGAGAAUGGAGCGUGGACUAAGCGAGAUCGAUAGCACGAAGAUGUUUGAUGGCUACAACAAAAGAUACAAACACUACAGUGAGACACUAGGAUGUUCUAUGACCUUUACCAUCUACUUCCCUCCUUCUGCCUCAUCUUCCCAUAAAUCUCCUGUGCUUUACUGGCUUUCUGGCCUCACCUGCACGGACGAGAACUUCAUUAUCAAAUCUGGGGCUCAACGUGCUGCUUCUACUCACGCCAUUGCUCUUGUUGCUCCAGAUACUUCCCCAAGAGGACUAAAUGUUGAAGGAGAAGCAGACAGUUAUGACUUUGGUGUAGGAGCUGGAUUCUACCUCAAUGCCACUCAGGAAAAGUGGAAGAACUGGCGUAUGUAUGACUAUAUUGUCAAAGAGUUGCCAAAAAUCCUGAGUGAAAACUUUUCUCAGCUUGACACUACAAAUGCAUCUAUAUUUGGACACUCCAUGGGUGGACAUGGAGCUCUUACUAUAUACCUGAAGAACCUUGAUAAGUACAAGUCUGUGUCUGCGUUUGCACCAAUUGCCAAUCCCAUAAAUUGUCCAUGGGGACAGAAGGCAUUCACUAAUUAUCUAGGUGACAACAAGGCUGCUUGGGAGGAAUACGAUGCCACCUGUCUUAUUUCUAAGUUCCACAAUCUGUCUGCCACAAUUCUUAUCGAUCAGGGUGAAAGCGACAAGUUCUACCCUGAUCAGUUAUUGGCCACAAAUUUUGAGGAGGCAUGCAAGAAAGUGAAAGCGCCGCUCUUACUGCGUUUCCAUCCAGGAUACGACCACUCCUUCUACUUCAUUGCCACCUUCAUCGAAGACCACAUCAGUCACCAUGCUCAAGCCCUUAAGUUAUAGCUCACUUCAGCUACUUGGCAACCAGCUUUGGCUUUGUCCAAGUAUUAGUAUCAAUAAAGCAAAUAGACUUGUAAUGUCGUUGUGUUCAGUAACUGCUCUGUGUGCUCUUUUGUCUACAAUAAUAUUAUAAUAAUAAAUCCAUGUUUGCUUCAUA